GACGCAGCAUGUCUUGAUCCCUCUUUGCCCCUUGUCGCCAUGGCCAAGAAAGGCACCUACAAUGGCACUUUCUUCGGCAACUUUAGCUCAAGGUUGCACGGAACGCCUGUCCGCUUUGGCCUCUUGUUGGGUCAAGAGGUCGAGAAUGGUUUGGGCGAUGUCCUCUUCGCGGCAGCCACACCUCCGCUGGACGAGGAGGGUGACGCUGAUGCAGCUCCCAAGGACGUUGCCAGCCUGUUGAAAUCCUCCAGCGCUGGCGUCUCCUUCAGCGACUGGGUCGUGCAGCACACCUCGGCGGUGCGCAAGCUGUUGCCAGCUGCAAUGGCGCCCUUGGGCUGCUUCGUCGUGGCCAGCGAGCAGGCAGCGAAGGAGUUGGCUGCCCUGUUGGUACCAAUUCUACGAGGAUUCCCAGAACCUCUCGUUCUGAGCAUUGAUCCAUCCACCAGGAAAAGCUCCUUCUGGCAGCUGUCCGUGGGCGCCAAGCCGGCCCUGAGACCGGCGCAGAUGAAAGCCGACAGCUACAAGGAUUAUUUGCUGCUUUGGAGCGUUGUGAACGUUGACGUUUUUGUCCAAGAGACCUACAGUCCGGAUGCAAACAUUGACGAUCUCGCCACAGAGGUGUCGAGGGUGGUGGCUGAGUCCUUGAAAUCUUGUGUGGUAACUAUGGCCAGCGACACUGGAGUGCCCCAGGUCGUAGAACUGGCGAGUGAGUCCUUGCUCGUGGAGACGGUGACGCCAAAGGAGUGCCACCAACUGAAGGUUUCCUUCCUGCGUCCCGGAUCAGUGCUUCGUGCUGGCGAUGGUCCUGUGAGGCAGAGAUGUGUGCUGACUUCCAGUGCUUUGCUACUUCGACGAAACAUAGAGCUCCGCCGGGCAGUCGCUCAGCUCAUGGAGGAAAUCGCCUCCUCUUCGGCUGAGCGUUUGCGUUUGGCGCUGGAGGAAUGUGAGAAGCCAGGUCGCUUCUUGAACUUGCCUUGGCGGGGCCUCUUCUCCCCAGAGGACCUUCAGUUUCCGCUAUGGCUUGGUGAUUAUUUGAUGCCGGAUGAGUCCCAUGCAGCUGCCAAAGAGCGCUUGGGACAGCUGCUGGGCGUGCAGGAAGAAGCUCUGGAACAGGCGCCCGACUUCCUCGAUGAGCACAAGCUCCUUACAGCACAUGUUGGCACCUAUGGACCGGAGCCUGGAAGCGACCGAGCUCAAGGGAAAGCUCCCAAGGCAUCCACCUCUGGAAGUUCCGGACGCUCCGGCAGCUCCGGAGUUCCGGUGGCGCUGACCACGUGUGUGGCUAUGGUGGUCCUCAUCUUAGCCGUCGCGAUCCCAAAGAUGCUUUAAGGUGGCCCUGCAGAACAAAAAAGCAGCGACAGGGUUGCGGC